UCCAGGACCGAGUUUUGGCACCCCUGCGCCUUCUAAAUGUAAUUUAGGAUUUACAACAGAAAGAGAACUAUAACAAAUAUGGUUUGUAACCAUAUUGUCUGAGUGAAAUUUAUUUUCGAGCGUGUAAUGUGAUUUGCGGCAGCACGUAGCGUAUUGUAUAAUGCAUUUGCGUCAUGACGCAAAAGAUUCACUGAAUCAUUUUAGGCUGUUCGGAUUCUUGUGUGUAUAUCGCAAGUGCUUGUUGGAUUGGCGGUCACCAAAAACUAAAUAAAUCACAACCCAUGAUGUUAAAGCACUUAAAUGUGAAAUACCUGAUAAAACGCAUAUAUUAGUCAAAUCCUGAAACGGUUUUAAAGAUGUGCAGGAGCAAGCUUUGACUGAACUCAUCGGAGCUGAGAAGUAAAGCAAAACACGCGUCCUUUUAAAACCUUAUAAAAAAUGCACGCUCAGUUUGUGAGAAUUCGGGAACGUUUUGAAGCUCGGAUGUAACAACGUUGCAUCUGGCAGUAUUAUGACACGAUAUGAGGAAUCAAUAGGACACAGGCGGUCAUGUGACUGCGCACAUCUCGGGGGGUGGGCAGCAGCAGCAGCCUCUCCAUGUCUUAUUGCUGCUGUAUUUGGCUGGGGGAAAGCCAUGCAUUCUCGAUCAUUUUAGAGCUGUGCUGUCAUGAGGGCUGCUUGCACCCAUGAGCAACGUUUUGACAGCUCUGCAAUGUAUUCCUGAGUCCCUCUUUCAUGCAUAUAUUGAUGAUGUCUGUCAUUCUAGGUUUUGCUGUGCAUGGCAGCAGCAAGAAUCAUGGCUGGCCUUCUUGUCUUUGAUAUUUGCCUUUGCUGCCCUGCUGAGACGAAGAGCCCUCACAUCCAAGCUUUUAAUUGAGACACAGCCCUUUCUUACAAUAACCCACAGAGACUGGACAUGGUUGCCCAGGGCUGGAGGAUUAGGGGUCGAGCAGCUGAUUUGACUUGACCGAGAUCCGUGUUUCCCACUGCUUUUCUGGGGGAUGAAAAAAGGAGAGGAGGAAGCAGGGACACUGGCUAGAAGAGAGGAACAGGGACCAUGGAGAGUGUGAGAGUGAGGGAGAGAGAGAGAGGGAGAGGGGAGGCAGAGAAGGAAGUAGAAGCAGUCCAGUGCUGCAGAAUGGGGUAAAAGCGAGAGGCACAAUCAAAAAGAGGUCAGGUACCGAGCCUGUUUAAAUUCUCCUUGCUAUCUCUGUGUCUUGUUUUCUUCUGUCAGGAAACGGCGCUCAUCUUACGGGUUUUGGUUUUACACAGUGCUUGUGGUUUUCCUCUGGAAUGUGCAUCUGCUGUUUGGCUUUUUAUGUUUCCUUCUGUCAUCCAUUCAUACGUCCAUCCAUCCAUCCAUCCAUAUAAACCAGCUCUAAGCCUCCAUUGUGCAUGUAUUUUUCAUCAACGUCCUCCAUAGUGUGUGUUUCUCAGGCCUAGCUUUUGAUUCAGCUCGGCAGAGUAAAUUCCACACGCAUUCUGAACACAAACCUCUUCGAUAGUAUUAACACACACUCAAAGCAGGGAUGUUUUGCAGGAAUAUUGAAGAUUUGAUGAAGACAUGGGCUGCUCCUGUGUCUCAUGUGUGGCUGCACUGCAGCACACACAUUAUGCAGGGUGACCGGAACCGGCUGAAACCGGUUUGAGGCAGACGUGGAGGCUCAGAAACAAUACAGUCACUGUGCUACAGGCAGAUAGCCGACUGCUUCAUGGCAGCCAGAAUGGCACUGGGGUCUUCAGGAGUGAUUCAGACCCAAGCAGGGAUGUUAGAGAAACACCUCAAGAGGGUUAUCCACUUCAAGGCCACGAUGCAGCCAUGAAAACCGAGCAGAUAUGCAGGCCGUGGGUUCACUAUGUGCUUUUAUUCAUGGUGGUUAGCAUACAGAACAAUCUUACCUUCUGGGGGUCUGUUUCUUGAUGGGCCCUGCCUAGUGCAAAAAUCAUUUGCUGUCAGGGAGAAAGGAGGAGGAGGGUGGUGGUGGUGUUUUGUUGUGGAGGUGGUGUGAGGAAGGAAGGAAGGAAAAAGGGAAGGAAAACAAGAUUGUUUGCUGUAGUUGUCGGAACGCUGAGGGUGUUAAGCUCAUUUUCAUGAGACCAUGGGCGACAUGAAAACCCCAGACUUUGAUGAUCUGCUUGCGGCCUUUGAUAUUCCUGAUAUGGUUGACCCCAAGGCUGCCAUUGAGUCUGGCCAUGAUGAUCAUGAGGGACAGCUCAAACACAAUGCCCACCAUGAAGAGGACUCCCAUGCCACCUCUGGUCCAGAUGUCGGGGUUAGUGUUAUUGUUAAGAACGUUCGAAAUUUUGAUGCCUCUGAACAUCUUUCAGAGAAGGAUGUUCAUCCAACUGUCGGAAAUGGAUUGCGCAAUGGAUUCUUGCCUGUGUCGCCCAACAACAGAUACAGAAAAGAAAGUGACAAGCUUCAAAAAGGUGAAAUCCAUGGGAUGGCAGGAAAUAUCUCCACAUUCAACCAGUUUAGUCCAAUCUCUAGUGCAGAGGAGUUUGAUGAUGAUGACAAGAUUGAAGUAGAUGACCCUGCAGACAAACAAAGUCAUUUAUCAUUUAGGCCAAACCCUUUAACUGGUUCUGGUGCAAAGAUGGAAGAGCCUCGUUCUCAACACAUAAAAGCAGAUUGUGCAUCUAGGCCGAGAACAAAUGGCAACUGCCAUAAGUUGAAAGUUGAGAAUGGCAGCACCAAUGGAAAAGUGGGACAUGCAAAACUGCAUGACUCUCAAAAACCAAGAAAAAACCAAGAGGAACACUCAAAAGAAACCUCCACAUCUCAAGAAGCAAAAGAACCUGCAGAACCAGUUAUUGAGUUGAGUGUGACCAACUUUUCCCAAGCAAAGGCCAAAUCGUCUGCAAAGCUCUCAUCCUGCAUUGCUGCAAUUGCAGCACUGAGUGCAAAGAAAGCUAGCACAGAAACAGUGCCUCCAGAAUCUAUUGCUACCACUCGAGAUUCACCCAGAGAGGCUAAAGAGAUUCCAAAAGUUACAGAAAAAUCAUUAGACCAGGAAUCUGCUCUGGAGCUUAGCAGGAAGGUGCUCACAAAACAACCUGAUAGUCCUAGCAGUGUCACAAGUGAAAGCAGCAGCAAAGAGUCUCCUGCUUCUCCAGCAGGAUCCAUACCAGUCAUUCCCAAAGUUCGCAUUAAAACGAUCAAGACAUCUUCAGGGCAGAUCAAGAGGACAGUUACUAGAGUCCUGCCUGAGUUUGAUCCUGAUGGCUUGAAGAAGGGUGUUGAUUCUUCAUCCAAUGUUGUGUCUUCUCUCCUGUCCUCUUCAACCUCGCCUUCUGUUUUCUCUUCUCCCACCAGAACAACUUUGCCAACCACAGUAGUAGCAACUUCCGGAGGCUCUGCCAUUGAGGUAACUAAACAAAUGACCAUCAAACCUGUGGCCACUGCCUUCUUACCUGUCUCAGCUGUUAAAACGGCAGGGUCACAAGUGAUAAACCUGAAACUUGCCAACAAUACCACUGUAAAGGCCACUGUCAUACCAGCGGCAUCUGUUCAGAGUGCCAGCAGUGCCAUCCUUAAAGCUGCUAAUGCCAUUCAGCAACAAACUGUCAUGGUGCCUGCUUCCAGUCUAACAAACACCAAACUUGUGCCAAAGACUGUCCACUUAACCAACUUAAAUCUCUUGCCUCAGAAUCCAUCAUCGGCUGAGCUACACCAGGCCCUGACCAAGCCUCAACAGCCCAUCAAGCAAGCCCUGUUGGCCCAACAGCAACAAAAGAAGGUGUCUCGGGUCCAGGUCCUAACCAGUUCCCAGAGCUCAGUGGUGGAGGCCUUCAAUAAAGUUUUGAGUAGCAUUAAUCCUGUCCCAGUUUAUGUACCAAAUCUAAGCCCUCCAACUUCAGCCUGUAUAUCGUUACCAUCCCGUGGAUAUAAGUGCUUGGAAUGUGGUGAUUCCUUUGCCCUGGAAAAAAGCCUCACUCAGCAUUAUGACCGUAGAAGUGUCCGCAUUGAGGUCACGUGCAACCACUGCACCAAAAAUCUAGUCUUCUACAACAAGUGCAGCCUUCUAUCACAUGCUAGGGGCCACAAAGACAAAGGUGUUGUAAUGCAGUGUUCACAUCUCAUACUAAAGCCAAUUCCAGCUGACCAGAUGAUUCUGGUCCCCUCUGUAACUUCCAGUGCUCCCACCUCUUCAGCUAACCUUGGAUCCUUGAUAGCAGGGAGCCAAGGGAAGGGAAACUCAACCACAGUGAUCUCCGCGCCCUCUUCUGCCCCAGUUGUUGCUGCCAUGCCUCUUGAUAAGGAUGCCUCCAGGGUCUGCAGAUCGAAUCUGAAGUGCUUGGAAUGUAAUGAGACGUUUCAGGAGGAGUCAGCUCUUGUAAUGCACUACCAGCAGGCUCCCGAGUCAAGUGGACAGAAAACCUGCACCAUUUGCCAAAUGCUGCUGCCAAACCAGUGUAGCUUUGCCUCCCAUCAGCGCAUCCAUCAGCACAAGUCUCCGUAUAUCUGCCCUGAAUGUGGAGCUAUCUGUCGAUCUGUCCAUUUUCAAUCCCAUGUGACCAAAAACUGCCUGCACUACACACGCCGUGUGGGCUAUCGCUGUGUUCACUGUAGUGUCAUCUUCGCCGAUGUUGCCGCUCUCAAGUCACACAUUCAGGGAUCUCACUGUGAAAUCUUCUACAAAUGCCCCAUCUGCCCCAUGGCUUUUAAAUCCGCCCCUGGUGCACAUUCCCAUGCCUACACCCAGCAUCCAGGAGUCAAAAUCGGAGAGCCUAAGCUGAUCUACAAGUGUUCUAUGUGUGACACAGUUUUUACCCAGCAGACUUUGCUCUACACGCACUUUGACCAGCACAUAUCCAGUCAGAAAGUGUCUGUCUUCAAGUGUCCAGACUGUUCGGUGCACUACGCCCAAAAGCAGCUCAUGUUGGAUCAUAUUAAAUCGAUGCAUGGCACCUUAAAGACCAUCGAGGGCCCUCCAAACCUGGGCAUUAAUCUUCCUCUCAGCUCCAAACCUACUAAUUCCCUGAGUCCCAAUAACAACAGCAACAACAAGGAGAGCAGCUCCAUCAGCAACCUGGAGAAGGGAGAGAAGAAACCAGUGUCACCGACAAAGAAGAGCAGUAAUGGGACAGACAUUCCCAAAAAACCACCUCCUUCAACCUCCUGCCCUGGCUGGAACUGCAGAGACUGUGACCGCUUGUUCACACAGAGAGAAGUCUACAUCUCGCACAUGAAAAGAGAGCAUGGGAAGCAACUGAAAAAGCAUCCAUGUCGGCAGUGUGAAAAGUCCUUCAGUUCCUCUCACAGCUUAUGCAGACACAACCGAAUCAAACACAAGGGCCUACGGAAGGUCUACUCAUGUCCACACUGUCCAGAUCCAAGUCGAACCUUCACAAAAAGACUGCUGUUAGAGAAACACAUUCAUUUAAUGCACACCGUUAAAGAGACCGAAGACAAGCUUCCAGCUGAUUCCAGCAGCAACGAAGCCACGGCGGAAAAAGAGCAGGUUCCCAGUCCUAAAAGAAAGCUCCACUCUGAAGAUGAAGACGCUGAUGGCCAAGAGGAUGUGGAAGAACCCAAAGGAGACGUGACUUCCUGUCAGCGGCCGAAGGGCUCGUCCCUACAACCUCUAAAGAAACUUAAGAUCAACGUCUUCAAAACGCACAAAUGCGCCGUGUGCAGCUUCACCACUGAAGACAUUGUGCGUUUUCAUGAGCACAUUCCCCAGCACAAGACUGACGUCUCGUCCUUCCAGUGCCGCGAAUGUGGCCUGUGCUACACCUCGCACCAUUCGCUCUCACGACACCUGUUCAUCGUGCACAAGCUGAAAGAGCCGCAGGGAUUCGGGCGGCACAACGGGCAGCAGGAGAACACUCCAAACCCUGAGGACAAUGGUGGCAUCCCGGACACUCAAUGUAAAGUAUGUUCAAAGACGUUCGAUACAGAGGGAGCCUUAAACACACACAUGCGGACACACGGAAUGGCCUUCAUUAAGUCCAAGCGGCUGAGCGCAGCUGAGAAGUGAGAACGGAGGUUGGUUUACAACAAAGUACUUGUUUGUAUAUUGUACAGUCCCAAGUCUGGUACAAAAGGUUGGGGUGUUUUGUGAAAUGCAAUAGAAUCAAGAAUGUGUGAAGGCUGGAUUAAACUUCUGCAUUGAGUGAUCGUCGCA